GUCAGAUGAAACAUUGCUUUGAAAAUGAGAUUGUAAAGUCUAGUUGCAGAAAAGUAGAUGCCUCUGUCAAGGAAACCGUAGAAUAUGCUGCACCAUUGCUCCCUAUUUCUGGAGGGACCUGUAGUCAAUCCAUCUCAGCAUGGCAUCUUUUUCUGAUAGGCCGUUGAUGGGCUCACAGGAAAGAUGGAGUUUUUCUCUCAAUACAUCAGCUAAUUAUUCUGAAGAGAAAUCAAGUUUACAGCCAUCUAUUUCCAAUAUAUCUGGUGACGUUAUCGAGCUGAAGUACAAUGGAAAUCUUGCAAUGGUGGUAGAAAAUAGUGUUGGAAGCCCCAGUAACAUAGAUUCUGCUGGGAGGAAUGUUGGCCAAGGUAAGAAGAGAAUGAUAAUCCUUGAUGCAGUUGAAUCUGUUGAACAUGUGUAUUCUGAGCCUAAGAAGUUGCAUCUGCAGAAAGAAGAAGAGAAAUGUCCUGUGUUGAAAUGUAUGUUAAAUAGUCAAAUGGAUAGAGCCUUGGAAGAGGAAAGGUUCUUGGUAGCUAACCCACAAGGCAAUUUAUAUGCUAAGGACAUUUCUUACAAGAAGAGAAAGGCAUCUUCUGGCAAGGAAUUAAAUAUGCAUUAUUUGCAUGAAUCAGAUGGGCAAAAGGAUGGCACUGAAGAUGGUAAUAUUUGUGCCGAAGCUUCCCCAUGCUCCAAUAAGUUAACAGGAGGUGCUCAGACAUGCAUGGAUGGUUUACUUGAUAAUGCUGAUAACAAUCAGGAAAUAUGGGGAAAUUUUGAGAAUGUUGCUAAUGGUGACUAUAUGAAAUUGCUCGACUUGGAUAGUGCUGUUGACGAAGAAUGUUACCGUGUAGCAACUGAAAUUCCUUUAUCACCUACUCUUCCCGAAAUUGAAUUUAAAAGUAAUGAGGCAUUUGUAGUUGACAACUCUAUGUGGUCAGUAGAUGGCAGUUCGUAUGGGGGAUUUUCUGGUGAAAAGGACAAUCUGGUGCCUUCUUGCGGCUUUGAUGUCAUUAAUGUGGAGAUUGAUUCCAAUAAGUUCAAAUCUAAUGGUACCUGUGGGACUAAGCCAUUAUUGCAUAGGAGUGAUGGUUUCGAUAAUUCUUUUGAGAGCUCAGAGAAUUGUGAUAAUUGUAAACAUAACAUUCUGUAUGUGGGCGAUGCUUCUGUUUGCCAGAUUUGGGACUCAGGUGCUGAGUUGGGGAUGUCAAAUGCAUCUAUGUCUGAAAAUAAGGAGCCAAAGAUUUCACAUGAAAGUGAACUUAGAUUUGCACGUGAUAAUCUUCCCAAAUUUUAUGUUGUGGUUUCAGAUAUCAAGGACAGUUGCAGCAUUUCUAGGAUAUUUUGUGCCACCAGAACGUGUAUGGUUCAGUGCUCUAUGGUAUCACAGUCAGCUCAGGUGGUCCAAAAGAUUUUGUCUGCUCUUCUUGAGAUUAAAGAUCUUUUACCCAGGGAGAAGGUUUGUGUUUUCUUUUCACUGCUUUUGAACAAUUUCUCUGGGAUUGCUUUGGGGAACCUUGGAAACUUUCUAAAGAGUGGUUCUGUCCUCUUCGUAGAUUCUUUUGCUGAAGAAAUUAGAGCAGUGAUGUCUGAUGUGGAGAAAAGAAGCAUGUUUGCAGAAUUAUGCCACUUGGACGAUCUGCUUACACUCAUUGAGGAUUUUCUUAUAGAUCAAAAAGUUCUUGUGUAUAGUGAUGUGGAUUCUGAUUUAUCAGUUGUUUGUAAUUCAAAAGUCAGCAUCCUUCUGAAUGGUACGGAUAUAGUCUUGUCCUCUGAAACGGCUUCGACUCACCAGUUGGUUGCUGGGGGCAUUGUAUUGGCAUCAAUAUGUGCAGCAGUUGACCACAUAGGUUUUAUAUGUGAGGCUUCAUACAACAUUUUGAGGAUGCAGAAGUUUGAUUCUUCGUUGAUGCUGACUGUUCUUCAUGUUUUUGCUCAUAUCUGUGGAUCUAAGUAUUUUAGUCUUGACAACUACAGUUUAUUAAUGACUGUGUUGAAAUCUUUAGUUAUGCUUUUUGAGAGAGCAACUUUAUCGAGUGAUUCUGCUUGUGGUCUUCCAUCUCUUACGGAGGUCCGGGCUGGAUUUCCUUCUUGUACCAAAUGCCCUUUUUCUGAGGGUGCAGUUUCCAUGGAUACUGUUGUUUCUUUGCUCUUGGAAAAAUUUCAGAACUUCACCUUUUCCGGUUCCAUGCAUCAAGAUCCGAUGAAAUCAGUCAAUUUUUCAAAAUCUGAAGCCAUUUCCAUCGAGGAGAAAGCUGGACAAAAUUCAGGUCAUAAAGAAGUCCGUUCUGACCUUUAUAUGAACUGCAACUUAUGCUGUUGUCUAAAUAAAUCUGGGAUGCUCACUACUCAAUCAAAUUCUGUCUUUGGUGAGACUUUGUGCCACUUGAGUGAUAUCCUGUCCCUAGUUGAGCUGGUAGCAUGCAAGAUGAGCUGGGAUUGGACAUGCAACAACAUCGUUUCUCCGCUGUUAAAAAAGUUGGAAUCAUGCAUCCCAGAAAAUUAUUUAGCUGCUUUUUUAAUUCUUCUUGGUCAUCUGGGAAGGCUUGGAGCUGAUGCUAAUGGAUAUGAUGACAUUGGAGUUGGAAACCUGAGAUCUUGGUUGUCUUCUUUUUUAUGUCAGAACCCUACAAGAAAAUUGGGUUUUUCCAGCCGAAUUGCUGCCAUAACUGCUUUACUCGAGUUUCUUCCUGUCAACUUUGAAGACCUCGUGAAGAGUAAUAUCGAGUUUCCAGCAAUUGUCAGUAAAUCUCUUCCCCUUGAUUGUAUAAGGGAGUGGUUUUCUUUGUUGAGCAAUGAGCAACAGCCCUUGUUAUUUGGCCUUCUUCAAUCUGCCGGCAUGACCUAUUGUGGAACUGGAUAGUUUACUAUGAUGUGUGCUCUGGCCCAAGUUUGAAUGCGACACUUCAUUCCUUAAAGCCCGCCCAAUUGCCACCCCACUGUACAUGCCAUCAUCACAUUGAUCUCCGCCUUGGCCACCGAAUGGCACAUCAUCUCACCAGUCCGGUAGUAUGCACCGAUUGAAUCAAGCCGAUAACCGGAGCUUCCAUAGAGUCCAAUAAUAUUGUUGGCAGCUGGUGAGGGAUCAAACAUGAAAUAAUUCCCUAUUUCAGUGCCGAAAGGUCCAUAUGAUUUUUUACUACUGCUAUGAAAUGUGAGUGAUCGACCAGAGGCUUCCACGGAAUCCUAGAAUUUUGUCAUUUAUGAAUGGAAAUUUGAAAUAUUUUCCCUUC